AUGUUUGAAAUCAGUAAUAAUUCCAGAUGUAUGGCUCCUAUACAGAUGUCAGUGAGAACCUUGCGGUCAAUGAGAACCUUGAAACUUGGGGAAGUAGUAGAGGAGCCUGUGCUGAAAUAUAAAGGAGAUAGGGACAGGAGACAGGGAGUGGAAGGCUUGCCUGAUGCUGCUGCCUUUGCAACUAAACUUAAAAACAUUCUCAUCCAGUACCACAGCAUUGAAGAUGAUAAGUGGCAUGUUGCAAAGAAAACGAGAGAUGUCAUGAUUUGGAGAAAACCUUCAGAAGAAUUUAAUGGGUACCUUUUCAAAGCCCAAGGUAUUAUAAAUUAUGGUGUUGUUAAUGGUAUAAUGGACCAUAUACACCCAGGUCCCUGUCGCUUGGAUUGGGACAGCUUAAUGACUUCAUUGGACAUUUUGGAGAACUUUGAAGAUAAUUGCUCUGUGAUUCAUUACACUACUGCUGGUCAGCUUUGGAAUAUCAUUUCCCCAAGAGAGUUUGUUGAUUUCUCCUACACUGUGGACUAUAAUGGAGGGCUUUUAUCCUGUGGGAUCAGCCUUGACUGGAGUGAGAAGAGACCAGAAUUUGUUCAUGGAUAUAACCAUCCCUGCAGUUGGUUUUGUGUUCCACUUAAAGACAAUACGAGCCAGAGUCUUUUGACAGGCUAUAUUCAGAUGGAUCUGCGUGGGAUGAUUCCUCAGUCUGCAGUAGACACAGCUAUGGCAAGCACUUUAAUCAACUUCUAUGGUGAUUUACAAAAAGCCUUAUGAAAGGCAUAAGACCUUUAAACUUGUAGUACUAUGACCCUCUGAAUCAACUCCUUUCAGCUCCAUGGCCUGUAAAAAUCAUUACCCUUAUCUCUCAUCUUUAUAGCUUGUAGAAGAAUUUGAGAUAUUUUUGUGUUAUUUUAUUCCUAAAGUAAA